AAAGCAAAGGCGCCUCUUUUCUCCCCAUAUCUUUAAUCACAAAACACUUGGUCAUUGAUUCCAGUUGGGCAGUGAAAACCCAACUGGCUUGUCCCAGUUUCUCCAAUAAUCAUAUCAUAUCCUCUUCUCUCUCUCUCUCUCUCUCUUUCUCUCUCUCUCUAAAAAGGUUUGUUCUUGAUGCCUCUUUAUGUUUCCAACAGACCACAGUAUUACUUAAUUCUUCAUAUUCUCUUCUUCCCAUUUCUUGUCUUAUUAUUCUUGAUGAUUUCUUCUUGUUUUUGCCCAACAAGAUGUGAUUUCGAUUGGUGUUUGCAUCUGGGUAUAUCUGUUUCUUGAUAAUUACCAGUGUUAUCAUUGAAUUCUGAGGUGGGUAUGCUGCAAGAUCCAUCUGUACCUCAUAAAGUUUCUGCCUUUUCAUGAUUUACCUGCUGUUGUUGAGUUUUCAAGCCUUUUUCUCAAGUGGGUGUUUGUGAUAAUAAUAAUGUCUUUGAAUUACAAGAUUUCUGGGUUAAAUGGUACCAGUUCAAAGAUGAGGAAGGUGAAGGAGCCUGCUAGAGGAUGUAAUAGUGUCUUGAAUUGGAAAAGAUUGCUCCUUUUUGUGUGGGUUAUUGUUGUUUCAACUGGGUUUUGUUUGUUUUUCCUUAAUGGUGUUUUUAGGACAAAGAUUGAGGUAACAGGAACAUGUAAAGAUAAUAAAUCUUUGGUCUUGGUUGAACAGUUUAAUGUCAGCAAUGAACUUCUUCAUGAGCUAGCUUCCUCAUUUUAUAAAUCAGAUCAGAUAACUGCCUUGAAAUGUACCAAACAAUUGGGCGAUAAAUUGUCGACAAAACAUGAAAUAACUUGUUCUCUCAAUGGUGUAACAAAUAUGGAAUUGUCGGGUCAAUGUCCUGUUCAUGAUGAGAAAGCUCCAUUAGUACAUGAAAAACUUGCACGAGAGCAUGAUAACGGUAUUCUGAAGGUAUGCAUGUGGGUCCUCUUUGUAAUUGCAUUGUGUUCCCCGAUUUCUUGUUUGUGGAAGAAUCGUAAAGGGGAAAUGAAGAAGAAAGAGCAUACACAAAGCUCCUCAAGGAGUGCUGGAAAGUGGAUGAAGAAGCUUCUAGUUCUUUUUGUGUUGGUUGGAGUUACGGUAUCAAUCUGGUUAUUUUGGUACUUGAACGAUGGUAUUCAGUUAAGAAGAAGAGAAACUAUAGCGAACAUGUGUGAUGAACGGGCGCGUAUGUUGCAAGAUCAAUUCAACGUGAGCAUGAAUCAUGUUCACGCGCUCGCUAUUCUUGUCUCCACUUUUUAUCAUGGGAAACAACCUCCUGCUAUUGAUCAAAAAACUUUUGGGGAAUACACGGAAAGAACGUCUUUCGAGAGGCCGUUAACUAGCGGUGUUGCAUACGCUUUGAGGGUGCGCCAUUCUGAAAGGGAGAAAUUUGAGAAAGAACAUGGAUGGACGAUAAAGAAGAUGGAUACCGAAGAUCAAGACCAAACAUUGGCUCAAGAUUGUGACCCUGCGAAUCUCGAUCCUUCACCUAUUCAAGAUGAAUAUGCUCCAGUUAUCUUAUCUCAAGAAACCGUUUCUCAUAUUGUCUCAAUUGAUAUGAUGUCCGGCAAGGAAGACCGUGAAAACAUUUUACGAGCAAGGGCAUCUGGAAAAGGAGUCUUGACAUCUCCUUUUAAGCUAUUAAAAUCAAACCAUUUAGGCGUUGUGCUUACUUUUGCGGUUUACAACACUCAUCUUCAUCAAGAUGCUACACCCGAACAGCGAAUCAAUGCAACUGUAGGGUAUCUCGGUGCAUCUUAUGAUGUCCCGUCACUAGUUGAGAAGCUUCUACACCAGCUAGCAAGCAAACAGACAAUUGUUGUGAAUGUUUACGACACAACAAAUGCUUCGGCAGCCAUUAACAUGUACGGUCCCGAGGAGAUUGAUACGGGUUUUCUUCACAUUAGCAGUCUUGAUUUUGGUGAUCCUUCUAGGAAGCAUGAAAUGCGCUGCAGGUUUAAGCAGAGGCCUCCUCCACCUUGGACCGCAAUACUGGCGUCCGGUGGGGUGCUUAUUAUCACUUUUCUUCUCGGUCAUAUCUUUUACGCAGCUAUAAACCGAAUUGCAGCGGUCGAGCAUGAUUAUAGAAAAAUGAUGGAGCUCAAACAUCGCGCUGAAGCUGCAGAUGUUGCAAAAUCUCAGUUUCUUGCAACGGUUUCCCAUGAAAUCAGGACCCCGAUGAACGGUGUUCUAGGCAUGCUGCAGAUGCUUAUGGACACAAAUCUCGAUGCAAAGCAAUUGGAUUUUGCGCAAACGGCACAUGCGAGUGGUAAAGAUUUAAUAAAGUUGAUUAACGAGGUUCUUGAUCAAGCGAAAAUUGAAUCGGGAAGGCUCGAGCUUGAGGAGGUCCCGUUCGAGCUGCGCACCAUUCUCGAUAAUGUCGUGUCAUUAUUGUCAACCAAAUCUCAAGAGAAGGGAAUCGAGUUGGCGGUUUAUGUUUCUAAUCAACUUCCUGAAGUUGUUGUUGGAGACCCGGGACGUUUCAGGCAGAUAAUCACAAACCUCGUUGAAAAUUCACUUAAAUUCACUCAUGAUCGAGGACACAUAUUCGUGUCGGUACAUCUAGCAGAUGAAGUGACAGAUGAAAAUUACAUGAAAAUCUUUAAUGGCUCAAAAUCAAACGCAGUGUGUAAUACUUUAAGCGGGCUUCCUGUGGUCGAUAGGAAGAAAAGUUGGGAAAACUUUGAGAAUUUAAGUCGCAAAGAUAUAAACGAAUCCGAACAGAUUAAAAUAUUAGUGACGGUUGAAGAUACGGGCGUGGGAAUCCCUAUAAAGGCACAAAGCAGUAUAUUCACACCUUUUAUGCAGGCUGACAGUUCCACAUCAAGAACUUACGGUGGGACCGGGAUUGGGUUGAGCAUUAGCAAGCGAUUGGUGGGUUUAAUGAACGGUGAGAUCGGGUUUGUUAGUGAACCGGGUACUGGAAGUACUUUCUCUUUUACGGGUGUUUUCAUGAAAAAAGAAACAUGCUCUCUUGAUACCGUAUUGCAACAGUAUCAUCCGGACACAUCGGAGUUUAGGGGACUAAGGGCCUUGGUGAUUGAUCAGAAAAACAUCAGAGCAGAAGUCACAAGAUACCAUCUUGAAAGAAUGGGAAUAUCGGUUACGAUCACAUCUGAUUUUGAUUCUGCACAAUCUUCCCAGUCGCCAAUUGAUUCAGCGGUUUUUGCAAUGGUUCUUAUUGACCAAGAAGUUUGGGAUAAGAAGAGUGGUCUUGCAUUUCUUCGUGGCCUUAAAAGUAGCACGAAACUAUUUCUGUUGGCUAACUCCGUAAGCCCUGCCAUACAAGAUGAGAUCCAAUCGGCUAACAUGGUGGCAACCGUUGUGCCGAAGCCUCUAAGAUUAAGCAUCUUGAUUUCUUGCUUUCAAGAAACAAUUUCUGUAGGAAACACAAGUUUUUUAGCACGAAGAAAACCGUCAACUCUUGGGACUUUGUUACGCAAUAAAAGAAUCUUAGUUGUUGAUGAUAAUAUCGUCAAUAGACGAGUUGCAGAAGGCGCGUUAAAGAAAUACGGAGCUAUUGUCAUUUGUGUAGAUAGCGGUAAAGCUGCGUUAGAGAAACUUAAACCGCCUCACUCUUUUCAUGCUUGUUUCAUGGAUCUCCAAAUGCCCGAAAUGGACGGGUUUGAAGCUACAAGACAAAUUCGCAGGCUAGAGAGUAUGGUUAACGAACAAAUUGAAUCCGGUGAAGUAUCGAUUGAAAUGUUUGGAAAUGCGGGUCAUUGGCAUACGCCUAUUUUAGCAAUGACGGCAGAUGUGAUUCAAGCGACAGAUGAAGAAUGCAUGAAGUGUGGAAUGGAUGGGUAUGUCUCAAAACCAUUUGAAGAAGAACAACUGUAUUCGGCUGCAGCUUGCUUUUUCGAGUCAGGUUAACGGUCUAAUGGUCCGCUAUAGUGGGUUGCACCAACUGACCUUAGUUAACCCAUGGUUAGUUAGGUCUAGCAUAGUGGGUUGCACCGGCUCAGCUAGCUAACCGAAUGGUCUAACCAGUGAUUAGCCACAUAGCCAUCGACGCAACAUCCAUCAUACACUUUCAUGAUAUUGCAAUGCGGUGAUGGGCAUCGGAUCUGCAUACGAGCCUUCGUUUACUGCUUUUCUGUGGCUAAUAAAAUCGGCAUUGCAAACUCCUGUGGACUCGCGCGUCUUUCCAUACACGGAAACAAGAGAACUCGACCCAAAAGAUUGGUCGAAUAGUCAUGAAAACUUUGCGUUGCGCGUUUGUAGAAAAACUAACACGAGUUGUGUGUACAUGUGUAUAAAGGACCCUAAUUCAUAUUAGGAUAGAUGUGUGCAAUAGGAUUUGUAAAUUGGAUUGUAUUAUUUUCCGUACAUAAUCAUUUUUCAUUCAGGUUUGUUUCAUGUUUUGAUUUUGAUAGUAACAAUGCUACAGUGACUUGUACAUUGUGCAUAGGAUGUUGUAACUUGUAAACUACAGGAAUGGUCCCUUCAUUAGGCUAUAUAUAAUGCUUCUUUGAUC